CAGUGUGACGGCCUGCACGAGCACGGCUACGCCUCACCCACCCACCUACGCAGAGCGGCAUCACACGAUACCAGCGCACGCACAGGUAGUCGCCAACCAUGAUAUAUAGUACGAACCUUCCUCCCUCGAGCUCCCCCCUGCCCUCGCCUUGCUGCUCCAUAUCACUGGCCGGCUGGCUACUCCGGUGGCCUUGUGCUAGAGCGGGAGAGUGUUCCAGUGUACUACUGCGUGCUUGUGCUUCGAACGACGUACUGUGGACUGUAGUACGUGUCCAUGGAGGCCCCGUUGGCGCAGGUGACGGAUGACCUGAUCAAGGGGCGGGAGUUGGCGACGCAGCUGCAGGGCCUCCUCCGGGACUCCCCCGAGGCCGGCGGUCUCAUCGUGGACCAGAUCCUCCACGCCUUCUCCCGCGCCAUCCACGCCGCCAGGGCCGCGGCCGCUGCCAGCACCAGCGAGAGGUCCUCGGACGUGCGGAGCGAGGUCACCGACGGCGCGAGCGGCGGCGCGAAGAGGAAGUCCGCCUCCGCCGCCGGCGGAGGAAACCGCAGGGCCUGCCGGAGAAGGACCCAGCAAUCGUCCGUCGUAACGAAGAGCAUGGAGAGCUUGGACGACGGGCAGGCAUGGCGCAAGUACGGGCAGAAGGAGAUACACAACUCCAAGCACUCGAGGGCCUACUUCCGGUGCACGCACAAGUACGACCAGCAGUGCGCGGCGCAGCGGCAGGUCCAGCGCUGCGACGAUGACGAGGGCAUGUUCAGGGUCACCUACAUCGGCGUGCACGCCUGCCGGGACCCCGCCGCCGCCGUGGCGCCGCACCUCCUCCACCACCUGAGCGGCGCCGCCCAAGGCCUGCACGCCGGCUGCCACCUCAUCAGCUUCGCGCCCGGCAGCGUCGCUACCGCUACCCAUGGCACCACCACCAGCACGGCGAUGGGGUCCGGCCUGCAGGGCAUAAAGCCUGAGAGCGGCGACCAGGAGGAGGUGCUGAGUAGCCGCACCCCCGGGAGCUCUGCCCUGCACAGCGCCGCCGCGGCGGCGACGGCGCCUACUUGGCCCGACCAGGGAGACGUGACGUCCACCCGGCAAUACGGUGGCACCGUUAGCUUUGGAGAGUACCUUGAUGACUAUGCGUCCCUCGGGGACCUAGUGUCGUACGUACUCGAUCAUUGAUCGGUCGAGCUGUGGACCGGGAGGCGCCCAAGCAUCGAUCGACUCGGCGCGUGUAAAUCGAAAUAAUGGCUGCGCGGAUCCUCGAUCUUCCUGAGCACUUGAGCAGCAACCACUGCGCGUCGUAGUUUAGUUUGAAGUGCCUCUGUAAAGAAAUAUAAGAGCGUUGGGAGUACAGUUUAUUUUCGUGUCAUGACAAUUAGAUGCUGCAAGUUGGGUAU